AUGAGCUCCCAGCGCCUGCAGCAGCAGCGCAACCAGCGUCCCACGUCGCUGCUCGGCCACAGCUCUCUGUACUCGGAGACUGCGCUGGAGCCAAACUCCAAUCCCUACCGCUCCAGUACCGGAUCCACCCAGACCAACCGCGGCGUCAUGACACUGGGCCUCCACCACGAAGAGGAUCUGCAGCCUCCACCCUCGCGUGGCACCGACAUCACCGACAGGGACAUGCCCGACCGCACCACGGCCAACUCGACCCCCACCGGCGCAGAAACUGGCCGCUCAAACCAAAUACGCCCCCAUCAAGGCCACGAAAAACUCACGUCUGCCGAGCCAUCCCCCCGACUGGCGCGUAAGGAGGCCACCAAAGAGGCAGUCAAGCGGGAGUUGGGUAAAAACUACCAGUACUUUUCCGGAAACACGGCAUUCUGCUGGGGCGGUCGACUGCAGAACACGCGCGACAGGCCUGUCAAUGUGGCGACGGCCAUACUUAUAAUUCUGCCAGCCUGCCUUUUCUUCGGUUUCUCCCUCGGUCCCCCGACGACCGAAUGGACAAUGGUGGUAUCCGCAACUGGCGCUAAUGCCGCCAUGGAGGUGCCGACAAAAUACUGCAAAAGCUGCAACAUUUGGCGCCCUCCGCGCGCUCACCAUUGUCGCGUAUGCGACAAUUGCAUUGAGACCCAAGAUCACCAUUGCGUCUGGCUCAACAACUGCGUCGGUCGCCGCAACUAUCGUUACUUCUUCGUCUUCGUUUGCGCCACUACUCUGUUGGCAAUCUUUCUACUCGCUGCCAGCCUAACGCACCUAUUGGUGUGGCGAACCCGAGCAGGUGUUUCCUUUGGUGCUGCCAUAAACGAGUGGCGUGUACCCUUUGCCAUGUGUAUAUAUGGACUCCUCGGCUGGAUGUACCCUUUCAGUCUUGGUGCAUACCACCUUUUCCUAGUUGGGAGGGGUGAGACGACGCGUGAAUACCUUAAUUCCCACAAGUUUCUUAAGAAGGACCGACACAGGCCUUUUACUCAGGGUUCGGUUCUGAGAAACUGGUUAGCGGUACUGCAACGUCCACGCCCACCAACAUAUCUCCAUUUCAAGAGGAGUUAUGAACAAGGUGAUCAACGAUUUGGGCCUCGUAGAGAUAAGCGAACAGCCCCGUUGGCACCAGAGCAGCAAGGAGGAGCGCGUCAGUGCCUCGCCCCUCAAAGACAACGACCGCGACACGCGUUACAAUCCUCCUCACCAGCCAACAUGGCCGAGCGCGACCUCUCGCCCACGUCGACAUCUUCGACACGGUCCAACAUUACCGUGCGGACAGACAAGCAGGUCGAUGAUCGCGCUAUGUCUAGCGCGUCGCCCUCCAUCUCCACGCCCCCCACGAGCCUCGGCGACGAAGCCAGCGUCCUUUCCGAGAUGCCCAAGAUCGAACAAGUUGUUGAAAGUUUUGAGGAGGCCACUGUGGUGGAAGUGGCAUGCGACGCCGCCCCGUCAGCAGAAACCCCGACUCCUGAGCAAGCCAGUAGCGAGAGCCGCCGGCCCGCAAGGAGUUCGCGCAAAUCUGUUACAACGUACAAUGUCCAGAUUCUCGCCGGAACUGCCAUCCAUACUCCGACAAAGUACCUCGAGAAGCAUCACAAAAAUGUCGUUCACGGCUCAUUGGAGUCCCUUAUAAAGAACGAGGCACCACCAACAAAGAGGAAAUACCAAAAGCGGAAGUCUGUAGCGGCAGAUGGCAGCGAUCAAGCCGAAGAGCAGCUGGCUUCCGAAUCUACUCAGGCAGCCCGGCGUCGCACUUCCUCGCGAGUUACGGAUCUUCGAAAGGAGGUGCUCCGCAACAUGUCAGGAGUUGGAGAGGCAGUGUCAAACACCUUUUCAGGAGGGAAGGCGCUACUCCAGGGAGGUCUCCGGCGCAGCGCAUCAGCCCCUCAGCUGAAAUCGUCCAAGUCAAAGUCAGCCACAAAUUCCCUCAAGCGCUCACGUGCCGCAGUCGAGGAGAGCGACAGCCUCCCAGACAGCGAGACCCAAGAAGUUGCGAAGCCAAAAACCAAGGUCUGGCUGAAGCAAGGUCUGUACGUGGGCCAGGAUCGUGAUUUUGACCCUCGUCUCUCAGAAAGCCAAAAUCGCGCAAAGAAGCGGGCCAAGAAGUCCAAGGAGAGCAAGGAAACCAACGCUCUACCCCUCCCGGUUUUUGCUACCGAUCGCCUUUUGAACGAAGACCCAAAACAUGUAUUCCGUGAUUUCAAACUUCCAUUCGAUACUUACCAUCCUCUGCCUAGAAAAAUCAAGGUGGAUGGAUGGGUCAAAUUCAUUGGCGAUGCAUCUGCCCUCUGGAAGCGGGACAAGCAAGACACUUCUCAAUGCUAUUGCGAUGUCGAUGAUGGCUGCGGAGAGUCGUGCCACAAUCGCAUCAUGGCCUACGAAUGCGACAGUACGAAUUGCCCACUUACCAAUGAGCAAUGCAACAAUCGACCUUUUGCAGAGUUGAGGAAGCGUGCAAAGGGUAACCGCUACGACUACGGUGUAGAGGUUCUGAACACCGACGAUCGUGGCUUCGGUGUACGCGCCAUGCGAACUUUUGAGCCGCAUCAAAUCAUUGUUGAAUAUGCCGGAGAGAUCAUCACACAGUCCGAGUGCGAGCGACGCAUGAAGCAGGUGUACAAGAAAGACAAGUGCUACUAUCUGAUGAGCUUUGAUAACAAGAUGAUCAUUGAUGCGACUCGUGGAACUAUUGCCCGCUUUGUUAACCACUCAUGUGAGCCCAACUGCGAGAUGAUCAAAUGGACUGUUGGGGGUGAGCCCCGAAUGGCUUUGUUUGCUGGGUCUCGAGGAAUCAUGACCGGCGAAGAAUUGACGUACGAUUAUAAUUUUGAGUAA